AGUGUAGUGGCUCAGUCCUGGCCGUGGCGCCGGAGAGUGAGGACGGGUGAGCUGUGUUGCUGGAUUACCCGGGACCUGCCCAAGUGUGGUGUGGCGAGUGUGCGACCAAAUACUUGUGUUAAGUCUCGUGGAUCGAAAUGUCUUUUACGGAAUUAAUUUCGAACUAAGAGUCAAUAUUUUUUUUAUGGUUGUAUAUCAGUCGUUUUACAUUAAGUAAACUUAUUGAUAAACUUUUGCUGUAAAGUUAUCGGGCAAAAAACUUUGAGGUUGAAAGACAUUGCAUUGACAAGUAGAAAGUUUCAAUAACACACAGGAGUAAUGUGUACAUUCUACAGACGCUGACAAGAACUGUUUUUUAUUUUUUAAUCCAAUCAAUCUCGAAAAAACGGACUAAAUAAUGCAUCAACUUUGACCUCAAUGAUGGCGAGUGUUGGCGGAGUGUUGUUGAUGUCAGCUGUGGUGACAGUGAUGGUUGGACCUGGCGAUGCUGACUUCAACCUCUAUUUGACUCAGGCCGAAGUCAGGAGAAUACUAGGUGCUGUACAACAUGGCCAUCUGGAUGAACGAGACGGAGGUGGCCGGCGCGCCGCUGCCGCUAGCCAUGCCCUCGGUGAACGUAUCGUUGACGGGCACUGUACCCUCCGUGCCCGCCACCUUCAGGCUCGACCUGCCCUGCACGGGCCUAGCCAGCGCCGAGGUCGACGUCAUCUUCAACAUCAAUUUUACGUCACCCAGGUCUCGACAGCCGCCCACAAUCCUCUACUUCAAGAGACGCAAAAUCUGCUUCGAAGGUCAGUCAGCAGAAAUGUACGCGCCGCACCUGGGCCCGCUGGGGGAGCGAGGAGACACUCUGCCGGUGGUGUACUACGUCGUCCCGGCGCUGGCGGGCCUCACCCUCGUCGUCACCAUCAUCGUCAUCGUCGCCUACAUCAGGAGGAAGCGGAUCAAGAGGGACAGAGACCCCAGGAUCCUCGGCAUCAACGAUCUGGGAGUGAAGACGCGACCCAUGACCAACUCUACGUUACUGAGAGCGGCCACACCCAACAACAACACCUACACCCUUCCUUCCUCCGUUACCAUCAACUCCUACGCCUCCCUCCGCAAGCUCACCACGCCCAUCACACCCCUCACUCCCGCCCACGUCUCGACGACGGCUUCACUGACGCCCUGCAGCAGAGAGAGCGGCAGCAGGGAGGUUUGUGACGUGAGUAGGGACAGCGGCAGCAGAGACACCUGUCAGUCUUCCAGCUCCCUCAGUCGCUCGGAGGUGAUUGUUGAUCCAUCCGCAGCCGAGCUUCAGGAGAGGUUCAGGCAAAUGGAGGUGGAGCGCCAGCGAGUUCGUCUGACCGCCGUGGCUCACGAAGGCUCCUUCGGGCGGGUGUUUCGAGGAUGGAUCCAGCGGGACCGACCAGAGCAAGACCAGCAGGUGCUCAUAAAGACGGUGACGGAGGGAGCACCGCACGACGAGGUGGUUGCCCUCUAUCGUGAGGGGACUCAUCUCUUCAACCUCUACCACAGGAACGUCCUCACCAUGGUCGGCAUCUCCUUCGCUGAUAACUCCUCGCCCUUCCUCAUCUACCCCUUCCACGGAUACAACAAUCUUAAACAGUACCUGCAGGAGCACCGAGGUGGCCACCUACGGGCGGCGGAGCUGGUGGAGCUGGCGGUGCAGGCAGCUCAUGGCCUCUCCUUCCUACACACGGCUAAUGUUCUCCACGGGGACCUUGCCGCCAGGAACUGCGUUGUGAGUGAGAAGCUACAACUGAGGAUUACCGACGCGGCGCUCUCCCGAGACCUCUUCCCGAGCGACUACGAGGCCGUCGGGUCGGAGCUGGCCAGACCCAUCAAGUGGAUGUCGUAUGAGGCCAUUACCGACAGACUCAUCUCCACAGCCAGUGACGUGUGGUCCUACGGCGUGCUCCUGUGGGAGCUGACGACGCUGGCGCAGCAGCCGUACGUGGAGGUGGCGACGUGUGAAAUGGGGGAGUACCUAAGAGACGGCUACCGGUUGGCCCAGCCACUCAACUGCCCCGACGACCUGUACAAGGUGAUGGCCUUCUGCUGGGCCAUCCAUCCCCACGACCGACCGCAUGCCAAGCUCAUCCUCGACUACCUCGCUGCUUUCCACCAGCAGCUCAACAGCUUCAUCUGAUACAUGGAGGCUGGGGGAGGAGGAGGUGCUAAGAAGAACAAGAAGGAUGGGAAGGGUGAAGAUGGGAAGAAGAGGGAUGGGAAGAGUGAGGAGAGUAAGAAAAGGGAUAGAAAUAGUUUGCUGGAAUUCAAAAAACGAAAUAAGUAAGGGAAAGGAGGUAGAGCUGUGUCAAGAUGUAAAUGCAGACACACACAUAACACGUACACGCGCGGGGCACACGCAAACACACACACACACACACACACACACACACACACACACACACACACACGGUUGGUACAUGCCUGGACUAUCUUCCCAGUCUAUCAUACUCUAGCACACGCUAACACCGUAACCAAAGGGGGUACAUAUGUGUAUCAACAGGCUUGUUGAGGACUCGCGAUGGUAAACCAGGCUUGUAACUGUCCACACACUCACGCUUCUUCUCAAUAUUCCAUUACUGUCUUAUAUACGUAGCCUAAACGUCCACAAGUCUGCCAGUGAGGUAACGCCGCCGACCCCAUGACCUCAACUUAAUGCUGAAUACCGUAGAACGAAGGAGGAAGCGAGACGCAGACCGAGAAGCGGAGGAAGGGAAGAUGUUGAAAGGAAAGUGAGAUCGAGAGAGAGUAGAGGGGAACAGAGUGAUUACCUUUGUGAUCCCCAAAGGGUCAGCAGGUCAGCCGUCGAGAGAGAGAGGAGCCAUGGAGAGCGGUGUGACCAUUGUGCCUACAUGGGCGUCUUCCUGAUACCUAGUUUCCUAGGUGUUUACUACUUCUACUCUUAACCCUUACUAGGAGGAGAGAAGAGAAUGGACGAGAUGGGGAGAAGACCUGUGUGUGAGUGAGAGAGAUGUAAGGCCUCCCGUUGAGUGUUACAACACAUGCACUCACAAAUACACACGCAUGCACACACACGCAACCACAUGCACACCUACCUAUCGUGCCAUCCACCAACUUGAGAAAAUAUUUCACGAGCCAUAAGUAAAUUAGAACAAGCUUACGAAAAGGCAAGUACUGUCAAUGAACAGGGGAAAAUUAAGAAAAUGGUGGAAACUCUACAAAAGCCAGACAGAUCGAUCAACUUACGCCACAAUCACAAUAAAAAUAUUCUCAUCCAAACAUAGCAAACAUUGAGCACUUAGCCACGUGUUCUGUCUGCGGGAGUUAGGGAAGUUAAUAGAGCCAACUAAGAAACCAGGUCCUAGCUACAGAAGAUACUGUAGUACACUAAGAUACCACAAAGAAUGGCAGAAAUCAGUUCAAAUCGUCAAAAGUCCUGUCGAUCACAUUUCUGUUGGCCUUGAGUACCAUGGAGGCAGAGCCAGGAGCACUCUGGACUUCCGACACGAUGACAACAGGAAUGUGGCUCCGAUGGGCUCUGGAUCACAGGCGCUAAGCGGAGGUCUUUUGACAUUGUUUUAUUCAUGAAAUGAUAAAUUUCUGGUUUAUCUAGAGAUAUAAAAUUAUGAUUUAGUCGAUUUCAACGUUGAAAGUUAGUAUUCAUAACAACUACAUUCUGGCAAGUACUCCUCGAUAUUAUUUAAGAAGUUAAAGAUGUUAACGUUCAAAGUUAUUUCAAAAAAUUAAUUUCUGGCCAAUUCUUAUUUUUCUGUAAGAUUCCCCCCCCCCCCUCUGCUAACUCCCCCUACCACAUACGAGUCUUACAGCUCACAAAACUGGCUGUUGAGGAAGAAUUUUGUACUAAAAUUUAUGUUGGUAUAUGUAAUUGUUUUCCCGCAAACACAAUUAUAACACAAAUUCUGGUAAUGGACCGACUUAGUGACACUUGGUUAAGGUUUCCCUGAUAAUAAUUAAUUUCAUGCCAGUAAGAUUAAUUUGUUUGCAUUAUUAUAUCUGCAUAAAGAAAUCACUUUAAAGUGAUGUAUCAAUGAGAAAAUCAGGAGCCACGAGAUUAAAACCUGCACUCUGGGUAUGUCCAGAGCUCACGCCUUAAACCACGACCUUCUCAAAAGCAAUUAAACCGGCGGGGAUGUCGUGGUUAACUUGUUAAAGGCGUCUGUUUGGCCAGUAUGCAAGUUCGAAUCUUCCUUAUGGUUCUAACAGAUUUUCUAAUUAUUAAAUUAACUCAAGUCACAAGUCAAGUCUGGCCUCGGGGCGGGCUUAGGGAGUAGAACUCCCAGAACCCCAUCAAGCAGGUAACUAGUGAUCUUCUGAGUUUCUAUAUGAAUUUAUUUGAAAAGAAACUAGCAGGAAAAUAGUGGCAAGAACUGCCACUCACAGCAGAACUAAACUACAAAGCACAAAUGUAGAUUACAUGAAACGUGGAAAGUUUAAGUCAUCCUGAAAAUCCUCUCUCAAACCUUCCAACUGAAGCGUUACCGCAAAACCAUGUGUGUUCAUAGUCAUAAAUCUGUAUUUUUACGUACCCUUAGACAUGUAAUUAUUGUACGUACAGGCUGUACGUCGCUAUUACUUCUCUUGAACUGUUCACUAGUCAUACUUAGCUUUUGUAUGUUGUAAGUUCUGGUCACAUUUGUACAGUGCAGCUUCGUCGCUAAGACUCCCACUUCGUGUUCCAAGUCCUCUUUUUGCCCCGCGACAUUCACACGCUUGAGUGACAAGCAGCAACACUAUCCCUUAAGGGAUAAUGUAUUGCCUGCUGGAUAUUACCAUUGCCCGCUGGAACCACGAGUGCAGCUUGGUUCAUUUAACAUACUAUGCUCAUUGUGGGAACCUUAACCAGCUCGUCCUCCUAAGGUUUCCCAACGUCAAUAAUCGUACUAAAGUGUCCUCUCCUAACUUACCAGAGGACCCAAAACAGAAAACGGGUCAGUAUGUCAAUUUCGCGAGCCGCUUCCAUUUUCUAGUUCGACAAUUUUUGCCUUUAGGUAGAGUAUACGUCAAAAUGCGACGUUCUGUUAGGAGGAAGGAGACUGCUGCUAUUGUCCUCACCCGUAGUGUUCUGUAUUGUGUUGAAUGAAGACAUGCUUUCUAGAGUUUGAGUCAUUUUGUAUAUCCUUCCUGUAUAUUGCAGGAUAAUGUGAUAUUUCCAUACACUGUUUGCAUCCUAUAUUAGGAGCAAAUAGUGAAGCAACCGCCAGUGUACAUAGACAAAUCAUUUAGUGAAAGGAAUAGAUUUUUUUGGAAAUCUGAUCACUAAGGUAUAUAUUUGUUGUGAAUAACUUAACCUAUUUUGAUACUAGAGACACAAAAGCAUUAAAAUAAGGCAAAUCUUCCAAGAAUAUUUCCCCUAAUAGUGAUUCCCGCUGAUCAAAUUUUAUUCAAUUAAUUUGAUCUUGGAUUUUUCAUAGUUUCAAAUGUUUUGAAAUAAACAUACUCUACAUAAUAGUUAAUUGAUUUUCAAUGCAUAAAAAUUUUAAAAAAUUAUAAAUUCAUUGGAAAUAGCUGAGAAAAUAUUAUUUAUCAUUAUGUAGGGGACAAGAGUAUAGUUAACUAUGAAGGACUCUACACCCAGUGAAGUAAUGUAAUCUUGUACACCAUGUGUGUGUAUACCUGACUAUUCCAGACGAGGUGUUCUGAUUGUCCCAUUAUUGGUAAAGUAGUAUUAUGUUCCACACAUUUUCCUCUCUCUCCACCCAAAAUUGGUAUUUUGUGAAGCAAAUACGAUUUGCGUCAAUAAAAGCUACCAAUUCAAUUCAAUAAUUUGCUAUCAAUAAAAGCUGCGGCUACCACAGUUACAUAGAGACUAAGGAAGUGUUAUAACUGAAGAAAUAUCAAAUUAGUGUAUCGAGGGAAUUUUUUGUUCUGUAUAUAUAUGUGUAAUAAUUGUAUAUUGAUUGUAUAUAAUGAUAUUUGUAUAGUUUAUGUGAGUAAUGAGUGAAUAAAAUGAU